AUGGCAAAGACGCACUCCGAGUCCUCAGAGGACUUUGAAUUCAUCGAGACUCCAGCUGCUCCUACGCCCGAGCCUCCUACCGAGGACUGCGGUGUCCGCACCACCGCUUAUCCAGCUAUCAAGAAUGCGCCUCUACCGGCCGAUGCAGCGGGCAGCGAGUCCUUCAACAACUAUCUUCUCAUCGGCUUGCUUAUCGGUGUGCCUGCUUACAUGGCCAGACAAGUUCGUGGUGGAUUCUACACCACCAUCUUCCUGGCUAUCUUCACCUCGAUCCCCAUCUUGAUGGCGUUUUGGACUGUGGCAUCGUCCAUCUCUCCUAGGAAGAACGAGAAGGUACGAUACCCCGGCCGACCGGUCGAGCACUAUCUGCACUUUCGUGAAGAGGAGGACAGAGCCAAGUACCACGGCAAAAACCGAAUUCCAAUGGAAACAUUCCAUGAGAUGUACUUUGACGGGAAAGUGGACUUCAAAGGAGAUUGCCUGGAGAUGUUGGAGUACAGACAUGACUGGGCCAGCUGGAAGUUCACUCUCAGCCUGAUGAAAUUCUUCUUCACCGGCAUGAUCCCUGAGGUCAUCAUGCAUACCCGGUCUCAGGACGAGGAACAAGUACGUGACCACUACGACCGUGGCGAUGAUUUCUACAGCUGGUUUUUGGGUCCGCGCAUGAUCUACACGUCCGGCAUCAUCUCUGAUAUCAACCGGGAGGAAACUCUCGAAGAGCUUCAGGAUAACAAGCUCGCCAUCGUCUGCCAGAAGGUCGGCGUCCAACCGGGUGACAAGCUCCUCGACAUCGGCUGCGGCUGGGGAACAUUGGCCAAGUACGCCAGUGUGAACUACGGUGCUCACGCCACUGGAGUCACGCUGGGCCGAAACCAAACCGCGUGGGGGAAUAACGGUCUUCGCAAAGCGGGAAUCUCUGAGGCUCAAAGCAAAAUUCUCUGCAUGGACUAUCGAGACAUUCCGGUGCCCGAAGGUGGGUACAAACGCAUCACCUGUUUGGAAAUGGCCGAGCACGUGGGUGUUCGGCAUUUCUCCAGCUUCCUGACACAGGUGUACAACAUGCUUGACGACGACGGUGUUUUCUUCUUCCAAAUCGCCGGUCUCCGAAAGGCGUGGCAAUACGAGGACUUGAUCUGGGGAUUGUUCAUGAACAAAUACAUCUUUCCAGGUGCCGAUGCUUCCACACCGUUGGGCUUCGUGAUUGACAAGCUGGAAGGAACCGGUUUCGAGAUCAAAGCCGUCGACACCGUCGGCGUGCACUAUUCUGCGACUCUGUGGAGAUGGUACCGCAACUGGAUUGCCAACCAGGACAAGGUCAAGGCGAAGUAUGGUGAACGGUGGUAUCGCAUCUGGGAGUAUUUCCUAGCAUAUUCGACCAUCAUCUCUCGCCAGGGCAGCGCCACGUGUUUCCAGAUAACUCUGGUCAAGAACUUGAACAGCACCCACCGCAUCGAAGGCGUCCCGAGCCAAUUUGGACUCGAUGGAGCUCUCAAGGCUGGACUGGCACACCUUGCGUCGGUGAAGGGUGGCAUGAAUGGAGGUGUACCUGUCAAGGGCGAGAAUUGA